AGGGUUUGUCCGUCCUCUGAAGUUUUAUUCUCUUGCUAAAUUUGCUUUCAUUCACCAUGUUGCGAAGAAAAAGUCAGAAAUGUCUUAGUACAAAGUCUGUAUAUUUAGCACAUGAAAGCUGGCAGUACACAGGAAGUGGAUAUACACGUAUAAGUCAGUUGCCAACACACAUUCUGAAAGAAAUUGGAGAUGAACAAGAAAUUCCACAGUUGGUUCAGUCAUUGGACAGUUUCAGCGUUCAGUUGGAUUAUGACACGACAGAGUGUCUGCAGUGUCUCAAGAAACUUCUUGGAAAAUUGAUGAACUUUGAACCUAGGCGUAACCAUGAUGAUGGACCCCAGGAUGAAAAUCAAAACAAGUUUGCCAAUGAGUUUUGUGAGCUAGGUGGAGUUGAUAUUCUCCUGAGAUUGUUGACAUUUGGCUCUCUCUUUCCACAUACAACACGACCAAACAAAGUGAUUUGGGAGUCAGAAUCAAUGCUGAGAGUAAAGAGUGUGGUUCUUGAGAUUUUGACUAAAAUUACCACCACAAGUAAUUUUUAUAUUGCAGAGAAGGUAUCACAUGAACUGUUGACUAAUGAUGACAUCAUUAACUACAUCUUCACACUGCUGGCACACAAGAAGACAUUUAUCAAUGCGUGUCAGUUGAUAGAAGACAUGUUACAGUCACGUAGAGAAGUCCUAGACUUGCACAGAAUCACGAACAUGCGUGGUCUUAUUAGUUGUCUGGACGAUAUGCAGCUUGCCAACUUUUGUCGGAUUCUUGCUGUCGUCAUUUCCGAUCUGGACAUUUAUGAAAACAAAUCAUCCCUGUUUGCUCAGAACAAGCAGAAAAGAAGUCGAGGCUUUGUCAAUUUACGCGACAUCAAUCAGGAAUUGUUGCUGGGCAUUCCCGAGCUGCUUCCCAGAUUGAUCAAGUUUGCUAUUUCUAAAGAGUACACCCCUCGCUAUCCUGGCAUGGUGAGUGAGUUGGAUUGUUGGAUGGAGUGGAUUGACAACCAGAUGGCUGAUGAACUUUACGAGCCCCAGUCGGCCGACGACUUUGAGGAGUUUAUGGGAGGUAUAUCCGAGCCUGUUUCUGAAGGUGGUCCGAUGAUUCAGCAACAAGGUUUGAAAAUAACCGAGCAGCUCGUACAGAGGGUGGAGGUCGUUUAUGUUCUUGGCUUGUUCCUGCUUGGAAAACACAGAAAAAAGGUUCAGAGAAAGUUAGCUGAUUUGAAGUUGGCUCCCGGUCUCAGUGAGCUGUUUGACCAGUUUAUAUGGAAAUGUCAAGUUAACCGGUAUCACAACAGACACAGAUUGCGAGGUCACAAUGCUGCCUGUGAAUGUAGUCCUGAAGUUGCCUUGAAAAUUCAGUUCCUGCGUCUAGUGCAUAGCUUCUGUGAUCACUCAGAUUACAAGCACUUACUAUUGUCUAAGAAUGAACUCAAUGAAGUGAAGAGAAUAAAUGCCAAAGCUGGAUCUCUGUCAUUAGCUUCACUGGAAAAUGUCAACAAGGCUUUGAUGUGUCGUGGUAGUAAAGGACUGUUGACAAAGAUUGUUGAGGUUAUGAAGAAAGAGCCAACGACGUCAACAUUCAGGUUCUGGCUGGCCAGAGCUGUGGAGAGUUAUCUCCGUGGUGAUACAUCCUACUGUGAUCAAGUGUUCCUCAUGAGACGAGGUUUAUUACAGCAUGUUGCAUCAAACAUUGUUGAGCAUGAGAUUAGACAUAAGGAGAUCUUGCAGAGCAGUUUCGACCUACUCGGAGAAAUGGUCAAGUUCAACAUAGAAGCCUUCAAGACGUUUGAUGAAAUACUCGUUUCUCAGGACAAGCUUGACAAGUUUGUGUUGACAGUGAACAGAAAUCUGGUUGAUUCCAACAUGUUUAUUCGAAGUUUGAUUCUUUCUCUGGAACAUUUCAUUGCUGAGGAUAAAUGUGAACCUGAGUAUGCGAGGAAGGAAAGCAAGUUGUUGAAAUAUAUUUCUGAUUUUGACAGACAGCUAGAGUAUCUAUACAAACUGAUCAACAUCAUCAACGUUCAAAAUCUUACACAGGAAAACGUGAGUUGUCUGAACACGACGCUGGUGUUCCUGAUGUUUGCCAAUCAGAAGAACCAACUAGCCAGAUAUCUGCGUGCGCUGCGGCACGAGAAGGACGACCUCCUCGAUGUGCACGGUUCCAGUUCCAUUAUGCAAAACUUCAGAGAUCUGUUGAUAUUUUGGCAGGAUCACUAUCUACAUAAAGACAAAGAUUGCAGUGCCUUGGAAAAGAGUUCAAGAAUCAGUUUUUCAUACUGGAAGAAGACUGUUUCGAUGCUUGUAUCUGAAGACAAAUCGCAGCCCACAGCUGUACUGCACUAUGUUACUCCACUGUCAGCUGACAGAAACAUUUGACGAGUCCACACAAAAAUCGGUGUACUUUCACAUAGGCAAAAUCCACAGUUGUGUUUUUUCCAUCAUUUUCCAUAUCCUGGCUACAAGUGGGUUGAGAGUGUCUGGUUCUUUUUACCUAUCUGAGGAUUUUUCCACCAAUGGGAAAAAACAAAUGAAUGAUCAAAGUGUAGGUGAAAAUAGCUUUCUGCCAAUUUGCAUAGGAGUGUCCAGAGUUCAUGCAUCUUCUGUGUGUCAAAAUUGUAUCAGUCGGUUGUUUUACCCAUCCGAGAAUAUUCCAUCAACAGAACACAAAAUGACUUCAAAAAGUCUGUUAAAAUACUGUGUUGCAGUUGUGACAAAAAAAAAACUAAACACAGAACUGACGAAGAUUUUUGCAUUUGUCUGCAUCAGUGAAUUGCAGUAAACUUACUUAUUCAAGGACCAAGGCAGCCAGGUGGAUUAGAAAGUGGCAAAUAUUUGUCAAAGAAAUGGAGAAGAUGGUAGCAUUCAUUCAGCACAAAAUAAAAAUCAACAAAUGUCACCCACUGGCCCUGUGGAUUGAUUUGCCAUUUUAAAAUAAUUUAUAUAUUUUGCAGGCCUGUAUCACAAGUCUUUCACAUGUGCUAAACAAAUGUUCUACCAUAAACUCACAAAGUUGGGAGUUUUUUCCGUAUUCAAAGGUUUAGUAGCCAUUGGAGUUGACCAUGUUGUGCGUUAAAGAGUUAAUCGGAUUACAAAAGAUGUCACAUUAUAUGCAGCCAGAGAGUUUUAAUUGUGCUUUCUCCUAGGUACAGGGGUUGUGACCGUCCAGGUACAGGGUUACCUCUCAUGAUAGUGUUACGGGCUUCAGCUACAAGUUCAGGGUUGUCUCCCCUGUAAGCAUUACAGCCAGAGAACAUGUUGGCUUUGUCAGUGAAUGGGUUAAGUGUGAUUUCAUUUUGUUAUUUAUCUGCAAGGAAUGAAGUGCUUGCCAAACGAGUGUUUACAUGACAAGUCUAAUCGUGUUGCUCAUUACAAGUGUACAUUUGUGUAAAUAUCUGUGUAUAUUUGUCUUUUAUUGUAUGUUGAGUCUUUUACUGGUUGCAAAUAGUUUCAAGAGCUGCAUACAGAAUUAUUUAAAACAAUAAUGGACUACUGCUAUUUAUUAUAUGCUUGUCAUCGAUUCACCACACCACUCAUUUGACCUUUCAUAUUUGCAUACUCUUUCAUAUUUACAUGCUGACGAUCCAAAGUAAGCUCCUUUUCAAUGACGUAUGUUUUAGAAGACUUUUAAGUAACUUUUAAUGAAAGAAGUUAACCAUUUUAGUGAUAGAAUUUACACUAUGAAAACAAUAGAUGGGGAGGGAUGCAUGUACCUGUGGAAAAUUUUGAAGUAGAUGUAGGAAAGGUAAACAAAACUGUCAAAGGAAAGGAUAAAAUUAUUUUUUAUUUAAAAUGGUCCCGUAAGAUAUUUCUGUGAACAAUGAUAAAUGAACGGUUAAUUAGUUUCAAUAUUGAGAGCUUGCCACAUUCAGUAAUCCGGACAUGUAAUAUUUGACACAUACUUGUUAAUUUCAUCUUCUUUAUACCUUUGUUUGGACGUGACAAAAUGCAUCUUGGACCUCUGUCAAGACGAUUAUAUACUAUGAGCUAAUAUAUUUUCCACCAAGUUCACCCUAAUUUGUUUUACAUGGAGAUUGUUAACUUAAACAAUAACAAUGUUUGUCUUGAACUAUCAUGGUGUAUUGCAGGGUUUUCAUUACGUUUUUUUUAAAGUAGAAGACUGUUAAGAAAAAUGAAACAGCUAUUUUAACCAAGUGCAGCAAAGUGCAUACAAAGAUAAGUGUCAGUAGAAGUGGCAACAGCCGCCAAAAAUUGCUGCCUACUAAUGAACAAUGAAUGAUAUAUUACAAGUAUUAAGAGUUUUUUCAUUAACAGUGCAAUUUACAUUAUUGAUUUGUGUUAUUGUAUAUCUAUUCAGAGAUGUCAAUGACAUACCUUUCAUAUCAGAAUUGAGCCAAAGACCCAUGUCCGGUGAUUUAUAUGUGCUGAGGUCAGAUGUUUCUCAUUCACUUGUUUAAAUACGUAAAUUUAAAAUUUAAAAAUAUCUUUGCAUAUUAAUUUUUUAUUUUUUUUUAAAGGAUACAGAGUAAUGUGAUAGUAGUAGAAAUAAUGGGAAUGGUAAUAUUAAAUUUAUGGAUUAAGGUAGAAUUGCUUCUUUUUUUAUACUGAAUUUUAAUGUGCAUAUAAGGAAAAUAUGUCUGAAAAUGAUUUGUUUUGGAUCUUGUUUCUACUAAACUUUCCUUACUGAUAAAUUAUGUAAACCAAAUAUGUAACAUGUUACUUUGGUAUCUAGACAAAUAUUUGAAGAUGUAAUUUUGUGCAAAGACUGGUUGUGAUAAUGUUUGAUGGCACUCUUGUUUAAAAAUAAGCUUUAUUUUGUGGGUUAAAUUCAUUACUUGCUAGAACCAAGUGUAGUGAGUGUGUUCUCAUAUUGUUCACUGUAUUAGUCACAAUCACAGGUGAGGGAGGGAUCUAGCACAGGUGGG